AUGAUCGCCCUCGUCGUCGCCGCCCUCGUGUGCCUGCUCGGCCACAGCGUGCGCGCGCAAGGCCUAUUCCUUUCCCCGAUAUCCAACGCCACUGCCGGCGCGGCGCUGACCAUAGGCUGGAGCGGCGGCGUGCCGCCGUACGCUGUCGCCGUGCUCGCUUUCGACAGCGCCGACCUCGCGCUGCUCGACACGACGGACGUCGCCUCGGGCCUCAACGCCACCACCUACGACUGGACGGUGGUCGCGUCCGGCGCUGCGCUCCAGGUACGCCUGAGCGACGCUGCCGGCGGCGUCGUCUCCUCCGCCGUCUUCCCCGUCGUGAAUGCCACGCUGUCCACCAGCAGCAGCGCUAGCAGCGGCAUCCCCACCGCCGUGUCUGAGUCCACCUCCACCGCGCAGACCAGUGCCGUCAACAACACCGUCCCACCCCCCCUCUUCUCGACCAAGCCCGACACCGAGUCUCAUGGCGGCAUGUCGCAACGCACAGUCAACCAGAUCAUCGGCGGCGUGCUUGGCGGUGUUGUCCUCCUCGCCAUCCUCGUCGCGUUAAUCAUCUUUCACUACCGCCACAGGCGCCCCGGGCACCCGCCAGCAAUGCUGCACGACCCGGGUGAGAAGUCGCCCGAGCCAGGUUACGUGAAGAAGCGCCGCGGGUCGGAGAUGUCGAACGGCUCGUCCUUCUUCUCCGGCGUUGAAGACUCGCCGGCCAUCCGCCCGUCUGUCCGCGCAGCGAGCAUUUCCCACCCGCUCCCGCUGCGUACGGGCUCGCGCGCCGAGACGAACAGCUACAUCUCGCAGAUGACGCACGACGAUGGCGCAAGUGGUAGCGAGCGCGGUCCCAGCCGCAACGGGUCCGACCAGCGCCCGUCCGUCACCGGCCGCGAAAACUCGCUCGACGGCCCGCGCGUCUCCAUCGACAGCUUCUACUCCAACCCCGACGGCGUGGCGGCCGGCUCGCUCCGCUCCGUCUCCGCCUCGAUCUCGGCGCGCGCGAGGCCCGGCGGCUCGGCAUUCAACUCUACCAGUAUGCUUGGGAUCGGGAUUGCAAAGUAG